UUCAUUCUCCCCUGUUGUUUAAUGGUCAGCAUUUCUGAAUUUGAUUAUGUUCUGUCUAACCAGUUUUCGUUGCAGUGAAGCUCCAUAGCAUCUCCCUCACCGGAAUUUAAUUCACAUCUUCAAAACCAGUCAUUAAACAAAGAAAAACAAUUGGACUGAUCCUGAGAGCGGAGAACAAAGAGAUGAGAACUUGGAAAUCCUCUGCAACAAACUUGAUAGUACUUGUGGCUUCGGUGUUCGUGUUUAUGAGCUUUGAAAGUGAAGCAGCUCCAACAUUCACCUCUAAUUUCUGCACAGAUGGAUCCUAUUACCUACCUAAUUCUUCAUAUUCCUCCAAUUUAAAUCUCUUCUUAUCUUCCCUCAUCUCCAACGCUUCUCUCCACCACGGUUUCUACCGCACCACCGUCAACCAGGGUGAGAUCAAGGGCUACUUCCUCUGCCGCCCUGACGUCACCUCUACCCUCUGCAGCGACUGUGUAACCACCGCAGCCAAAGAGAUAAGGAAGCGAUGCACCAAUCAAACCGAGUCCAUAAUCUGGUACGACGAGUGCAUGCUACGCUACACCAACCUCUCCUUCUUGAACAACAUAGUCCCCGGAAUGAACCUUUACAACGAGAAAAACAUCUCUGACUCCGAGCUCCAACAGUUCAACGAUUUGGUGGCAACGACGCUGAAUGAAAUUGCUAAGCAAGCUUCAAACUCUGCCUCGGGUGAUUACAGGUUUGCUACCAAAGAAGCUGCCAUCAGAGGGUCGCAGAAGCUCUACACGAUGGCGCAGUGCGUUCCUGACAUGUCCUCUUAUGACUGCAACAUGUGUUUCCAAAGUGGCAUCGCUUCCAUUCCAACUGGCAAACAAGGCGCACGAUCUCUGCUCCCAAUUUGCAAUCUCAGAUACGAGCUGAACCCAUUUUACAACGAAUCGUGGUCGUCCACUCAACCGGUUCUUCCUCCAUCUUCAAAAGGAGGAAAGAGUAAUGCCACUUUAAUUGUUGCCAUUGUUGCCCCCAUUGGUGUUGUUGCGGCACUUUUCAUUCUCGGCUGCUGCAUCCUUCGUCGGAGGUCAAGAAAGAAGUAUAGUUCAUUUGCCCGGGAUUCAAUUCGGGAGGAUCUUACAGAUGUCGAGUCGUUGCAAUUUGAUUUCGCUACAAUCGAAGCUGCAACUGACUGUUUCUCAGAUGAGAACAAGAUUGGUCAAGGCGGAUUUGGUGUGGUUUAUAAGGGUGUUCUCCCUGAAGGACAGGAGAUAGCAGUGAAGAGGCUUUCAUUGACAUCCUUGCAGGGUGCAGUAGAGUUCAGGAAUGAAGCUACUCUUGUGGCCAAGCUUCAACACAGAAACUUAGUGAGGCUCUUGGGAUAUUGCUUGGAGGGGCGUGAGAAGCUGCUUGUCUAUGAAUACAUACCAAACAAAAGCCUUGAUUACUUUCUAUUCGAUCCUGUAAAGCAAAGAGAGUUAGAUUGGUCAAGACGCUACAAGAUUAUAACUGGCAUCGCCAGAGGAAUUCUUUAUCUACAUGAAGAUUCUCAACUUAGGAUUAUACACCGUGAUCUCAAAGCUAGUAAUGUUCUAUUAGAUGAGAACAUGAACCCAAAGAUUUCAGAUUUUGGUAUGGCAAAAAUUUUCGAGGCAGAUCAAACUCAAGUAAAUACAGGACGGAUAGUUGGGACAUAUGGUUAUAUGUCUCCAGAAUAUGCAAUGCGUGGACAGUUCUCGGUGAAAUCUGAUAUCUUCAGCUUUGGUGUAUUAGUUUUGGAGAUUGUUAGUGGCAAGAAGAACACUGAAUUUUAUCAAACACAUCUUGCUGAUGACCUCUUAAGCUAUGCUUGGAAAAAUUGGACACAGAACACGCCUCUGGAGCUGUUGGAUCCAACACUGAGAGGCUCUUAUUCAAGAAAUGAAGUCAUCAGAUGCAUCCAUAUUGGUUUAUUAUGUGUUCAGGAAAGUCCUUCAGCGCGGCCUUCAAUGGCGAAUAUUUUGCUCAUGCUUAACAGUUAUUCAGUGACCUUAUCAUUACCACGACAACCAGCUUCUUUCCUGCAUGGAAGAAAACCAAACAGGCUACAAGAUGGGCUUGAUUCUGAUCAGUCUACCACCUCUUCAGUUCCUUGGUCUAUCAAUGAAGUAUCCAUCACUCAACUAGUCCCUCGGUAAAGGAUUGAUUUUAUGAGUUCCUCAACCCAAACCAGUUGUAAAUAUUGAUACCUGAAUGAAUUCUGGUUUGUAAAAAUUAUGAAUGAAAUUUUUAGUUACAGCUUGACAAA